AUGGCCUCGGUCACAUUCAAAACCCCACUUUCGGCCCAGGAGCAGGAAGUUUAUGGGCAGCACUUCCGCAAACUGGAUCCUGAGGAUCUAGGUAUCGUCACCGGCGAAUCGGUUAAGCAUCUAUUCAACCAAUCUGGACUGAACGCGCAGCUCUUGUCUCAAAUAUGGGCAAUCUGUGAUAACGGAAACCAGGGAUUUCUGAAUCUGUCUCAAUUCAGUGCGGCUUUGAGAAUUAUCGGUCACUUGCAAUCAAAUCCCUCCCUGACGGUCUCCGCUGACCUAUUUCAGAAACCGCCUUCCAAACUAGCCUCUCUAAAUAAGCCUGGGAUGAGUUUAUCCAAUACAAGUACUGGGAAUUCCAAUACAGGCGCAAUUCCUCCCGUUUCCUCUUACGACAUUGCCAAGUUUUCUCAGUUAUUUGACAGAUCCACCAAUGGGGCCCCGAUUCUGCCGGGUGAUAAGGCGAAAGACAUUUUCUUGAAGGCGAAACUGCCCACAGCUACUCUAGGGUCUAUCUGGAACUUGUGUGAUAGAGAGAACUCUGGCUCUUUGGAUAAGUCUGAAUUUAUCAUGGCUAUGCACCUCAUUCAGCUUGCCAUGACAAACAACCCUGUCCUAGCAACUGUUCCAGAUAGCCUCCCCGGAUAUUUAUGGGAAGCAGUGAACCCUUCAAACCUUCCACAGUCGUCUUUGAGCCCUUCCUCGACUGGUUUGUCCGUAAACUCCCCUGUAUCGAGACAGCCCUCUUUGGUUCGAGUCCCCUCCAGCACCUUCAGCAACGCAGCGUCUGACUGGACUUUGUCAUUUGAAAAGAAGCAACAGUUUGACGCUAUUUUUGACUCUUUAGACAAAUCGAAAGCGGGAACAUUAAGCUCGCAGACUUUAGUUCCGUUUUUCCUUUCCUCGAGGUUGAGCCAAGACACUCUUGCUUCGGUCUGGGACUUAGCUGAUAUCCACAACAAUGCAGAAUUUACGAAACUCGAAUUUGCCAUUGCGAUGUUUUUGAUUCAAAAGAAAAAGACUGGCAUUGAGUUACCAGAUGUUGUACCUGACCAGCUGCUUCGCUCUCCUGCAUUGGGGCUUUACCCUCCUGCUCAGCAACAAGCACCUGCUUCCUUACCGGCUGUUCCUUCAAGAGACACGAAGCCCUCUUUCAAUGCCCCACCGCAGACAGUUCAGCGCAACCAGAGUGCCCUAGGAGACUUACUGACAUUGAACGAAUCCUUCUCCCCUCAACCUACGCCCGUCCGCGCUCCAUCAAACCCAACAGGCAACUCUAUGGGGGUACCACAAUCCCCUGCUGCUGGCUCUACCACCGGAAUGAGAAAGUUCCAACCCUCCUCAACAUUUGGUCAAAGCAUAAUAAAGGAAGAGGCUGCUGAGUCGACCCCUCAGAACGCUGGCCACUUUGAGCCACAACAGACAACAAGACAACCUCUGAACCCACAAUACGAGGCUGCUCAGCAACCUCAAUAUCAGACUCCCCAGCAACAAUCCCAAUAUCAGGCUUCUCAGCCUCAGCCUCAGCCUCAAUAUCAAGCUCACCAGCAACCACCGCAAUUUCAAUCUCCAAUACAGACUAAUCAAAGUCUCCCAAACGAGGAAAGUGCUUCCAAUGGUGCAUUCGAAGCUUCAAGGACCACAAACACUGCGGCGCAGCCUACUUCCCGGUCUCUAGCUCAACAACCCCAGCAAGGCUCCCAUUCCUCUUCCCUCCCCAAUGUCCCUAACUUUUCAUCUCCACCUUUGAGGCAAGCCUCUCUCAAUAUCAGCAGCCAAAAUGACGGCAAUGCCUCAUUACAGUUGUCACAGGCUACAACUGAGUUGGCAAAUUUGUCCAAUCAAGUUGGAUCCUUGACCAACCAGGCAACUUUAGUUAAUGAAAGAAAAACAAGAGCUCAACAAGAGCUGAAACGCAUUAAUAACUUGAAGUCGUCGAUUGAAACAAAAAUGACAACAUUGCGUGGAUCUUACGAGAAAGAGCUAAGUGAGACCGAACAGCUAGAAAGUAUUCUCACGAAAUCUCGUCAGGAGUCAGAGGAACUGAAGCGGGAACUUGCCGUCGCUGAGGCUAAUCACCACGCCGUCCAAGGCUCAUUAGCCGAACUGCAGCAGCAGCUCCAAGAAUCAGAGCAGUCGAACUCUCAGCUUAAAGAAAAGAUAGGCAACUUAAACGCUAUCGCAGCGUCUUUGCAAGCAGAGCUCAAUGAGAGGCAGCAAAAAGUGAAGCAGGAGAGGUCAAUGGUCGAUGUCAAUUCUAGGCAGCUUGAAGUUAGUGAAAUUACUACUACAAACCUACAAAACGAAAUACAAGGUUUGGAACAACACCUAGAUAUCUUCAAGCAAAAGCAUAAGGAACUCGAAGAUUAUAAGUCUACUCUUGAGAGCAAGCAUGGCGAGCUCAACUCAAGACAUCAGGUCUUAGAGGAGCAGCAUGCAGGGAUUAGCCGCCGUGAGCAAGAAGUUCAAGAGAGAUCUAGACAAGUUGAAGAACAGGAAAAGAUUUAUCACCAGGAAAUUGCAAAGCUUCAGAGUAUGUUUGAAGACUUGAGUGCGCAAAGAGAGUCUUUUGCUAAAGCGGAAGACGAAUUACAGAAACAGCAGUUUGAGUAUGCUCAAAAGGUCCAGGAACUUUCUGAGAGAAGGAUGAAACUGGCUAUGGGCGAGCUUCCUGAAGACAGCGAUGAGAUCUCCAAAAACCAUCGCAGUUUCUCGUCUAACCAAGACCACAUUGCGAAGUUUGUUGACGAGAGCGUAACCAAUUCAAGACUUGGCGCCCAAGAGGACGAAGAUAAGCAAGAAUCGGACGUCUUCGACAAAGACGUCCCAACUGUCGGUUCGCAGACAGAGAUUGAUGAUGAAGACCGCAGAUCGAACGACGAUGAAACUGCGGCCCAAGCCCUUGCAGACAGAUUCGAUGGCGAUUUGAAUGAAUAUGGUAUCCCUAGAACAGAGUCAGUUACAUCUUCUGUUAUGAACAACGCCCCGCAGUCAGUGAGGGACUACGCUGAGGGUGACUUAGCAACGUUAGCGGCUCCAGGGGAAAACGCUCCACGAACCGCCGAGGCUCAAAAUGCUAAAACUACCGAAACAGUGGAGGGAAACAUGCCUGGUGGAUGGUCGGCUGAGCAAGCGAAUGGUGCCAAACAGCAAGAGGAGCACCAAGGUCCUCUUCCUAAGUCGUCGGAUCAAGAGUCAGAGGCUGAAACUCUCAAAAAUACCACAAAAGAGUCCUACGAGGAGCCUUCAGAGUCAGCUGGGAAAGCUAUCACUGAGGAAUUUCCUCCAAUCCAAGAACUUGACAUAAACGAGAGCGAAAGUGACAGUUCCCUGAGUGAUGACGACGAGGGAUUCAAAGAUGCAGAGGGCAGCGCUCAACAAGCGGCUGCAAAACCAACUGCCACAAAAGGCACAAGUUCAGUCAAGGCAACAGCACCUGCACAAGGGCCGAAGCCCGCUGAAGAGCCAGUUUUUCCUGCACAAAAAACAGACGCUGACAAGCCUUCCGCUGUAGGCGCUAUUGUGGAAAAUGCCGCUAACGCGAAGCCUGCAACCGAACAGCAUGCUCCUCAAGAGUCUGCUAGUGUGAAGCCUUCUACAGAAGCUAAUCCUUCCACAGAACGUACGCUAAAGGCCGAGCCUUCCAGUAUGGGAGCUUACACUCAGGAGGAAAAGUCAAUUACAAAAGAAAAGCCAUCUGAAGACUUUGAUGACGAGUUUGCUGGCCUUGAGCAAGCUGCGCCAGAGGAAGAGGCUAUUGAUCAUCUGAAUGAAAAUGAAUACAGCGAGGGAUUUGAGACUAUUGAUCACAAUGACUUGGAUGAAGAGCUCAACCAAGGUGGGUUUACUGGCGCACCAGCGGCUGAGGAGCAUGCAGGUACUGAUAACUCUGCUGCUACCGUGGGCGCAGAUGAAUGGGAUGAGAUAUUUGCUGGGUUUGGAAACGCUGGCCAAGGGCCUGUUUCUGUCACCCAGCCUGCAACAUCGCGGAUAAAACAACCUACCCCAGUCAGAACAUCGCGUGAAGCCCCUGCGGCCCCUGUCAACCGUGGAAUUGCAACGACACCCAAAUCUUUGGCAGUUGAAGAGCUGGGAAGCAUGGGCUUUACCACAGAAGAAGCCACUAAGGCACUGGAACAUUGCAAUUGGGACUUGGGUGCGGCCACCAACUAUUUGUUGGACAGCUCCUAG